AAACAUUAGUGACGACGAGCCCUAACUCGUGUACAGAAGAAACAAUACACUUCUGUUGAUGUCUUCUUUCCGGACUGUUAGAAACUUUGUAGAUAAAGAGCAUAAUUGACAGAGAACAACACUAUUCGUUUGUUUUAUUGUAAUAUAUCUAGUUUAGUUCGCCUGCUUCUUCAUAUUCUGUAUCGAUUUGUUAGGCUACUAUGUAGCUCAUAGCUGUUCAGCUGAAUAGGAAGUCAAUAGUUGUUAGAACAGGAAAAUAAUACCGUUUAAUUUUUUAGUAUUUUAGAGAUUCUUAUUUAGACAUCAUGCACAGAAGAGGAGUCGGAGCUGGAGCGAUCGCCAAGAAGAAACUGGCAGAGGCAAAGUAUAAAGAGAGAGGUAAUGUCCUGGCUGAGGAUCAGAUUGCACAGAUGUCAAAACAAUUGGAAACCUUUAAGACCCAUUUGGAGGAGUUUGCCAGCAAGCAUAAACAAGAAAUCCGUAAAAACUCUCAAUUCAGGGUGCAGUUCCAAGAGAUGUGUGCCACCAUAGGGGUUGAUCCACUUGCCUCAGGAAAAGGAUUUUGGUCUGAGAUGCUUGGAGUUGGAGAUUUCUACUAUGAGCUUGGUGUACAGAUCAUUGAAGUUUGUUUAGCUUUAAAACACAGAAAUGGUGGUCUCAUCACAUUGGAGGAACUUCACCACCGUGUCUUGAAAGGAAGAGGGAAGUUUGCUCAAGAUGUGAGCCAGGAUGACUUGGUGCGGGCCAUCAAGAAGCUCAAGGCCAUGGGAAAUGGCUUCGGGAUGAUUCCAGUUGGAGGUUCUUAUCUAGUCCAGUCGGUCCCAGCAGAGCUCAACAUGGAUCACACUGUUGUCCUUCAGCUAGCAGAGAAAAAGGGCUAUGUGACAGUGAGCGAGAUCAGAGACAGCCUCAAGUGGGAGAGAGAGCGGGCCUGUCACGUUCUUGAUCACCUGCUGAAAGAAGGCUUAGCGUGGCUGGACUCCCAAGCUGCAGUGGAGCCACAGUACUGGCUGCCAGCUCUGUUCGCAGAACUGUUUUUGCAAGACGUUACGCCUGAGGAGGCCAGCCAAAUGACACCUUGAGAAUAAGACAUUAUUUUGUAAAUAUAUUGUCAUGAAAGGAGGAGGAGAUUAGGGUGAAGGUCAAAGAAUGCCACAAUGUUGUGUGAGCAAAGCUUGUUUGAGAGGGAACAAACUUGAGAAUAAAAUCAUCCACUU